AAAUUGAAUUAUUGAACCCCCAAUCCAUGCCGCAGCCAUGAGCGCUCUCAUUCGCAAGGUUUGGGAAUCCAUGGCCCACCGAUCCGCCUCCAAAUCCAGCCCCAAUUCGGCUUCAGACUACGACCAGCUUAUGUAUAUGCAGUCGUCAUCCACCGGCGACUUCGACCGGAUUCCAAUCGACAUCUUCAUGCAAAUUCUCAAAAUUCUGGGGCCCAAGGAGUCUGCGCGGUUGAGUGCAGUCUGCAAUUCCUGGAAAUUUCUUGUGUCGGAUAAUCGCUUGUGGAUUUAUUUCCUGCAGCAUCAGCCCGAUCCUUGGGACUCUGUUUUCUUCGCGGAGACUCACCUGCGAUCGGGCUAUCCUCUGCAAGUGUUUCCUGCUCAGAUGCAUGACCUAUCAUUUAUGCAUAUUUAUGCUCAGCGCGUUCAGGUCCCUGGAGCUCUUAUAAUUGAUGGGGGUUCAGGUUAUUGUAAAUAUGGAUGGAGCAAGUAUGCUUCUCCAUCGGGGCGAUCAGCAACUUUUUUAGAAUUUGGAAAUAUUGAGUCUCCAAUGCCUUCUAGACUUCGACAUUUUUUUUCAACAAUUUGCAACAGGAUGCAGGUGAAAACAUCAACACAACCAAUUGUUGUAUCAAUACCCCUUUGCCAUUGUGAUGAUACCGAGUCUGCAAAAGGUUCUAGAAGACAUCUCAAGGAUGCCAUUUACUCGACACUGUUUGAUAUGAAUGUUCCUGCUGUAUGUGCCAUCAACCAGGUAUCUUUUGACCACCAAUCAGCGUGCUCCUUGAUGGAAACACACUUAUCAGGGGCGACUCUGGCUUUGUUUGCAGCACGAAGAACAUCAGGAAUUCUUGUGAAUGUUGGUUUCCAUCAAACAUCUGUUGUUCCAAUUUUACAUGGCAAGGUGAUGUAUAAGGUUGGGGUGGAAGUUGUUGGGAUGGGAGCUUUGAAACUUACAGGAUACCUCCGAGAUCGGAUGCAACAGAAUAACAUACAAUUUGACUCUCUGUAUACUGUCCGCACAUUGAAAGAGAACUUGUGUUAUGUUGCCCUUGACUAUGAAGAUGAACUAUCCAAAGACACUCGAGCAUCGUUUGAUAUUUCACCUUCCAGUUCGUUUACGCUUUCAAAUGAGCGCUUUCAGACAGGAGAAAUACUGUUUCAGCCUCGCAUGGCAGGAAUGCAGGCAAUGGGUCUGCAUCAGGCGGUGGCGCUUUGCAUGGAUCACUGCCAUGAUGCUGAAUUAACUGCGGAUGAUAAUUGGUAUAGAACUGUUGUCUUGGCCGGUGGCAGUGCAUGUAUGCCAGGAUUAGCAGCAAGACUAGAGAAAGAACUGUGCGGACUUCUGCCAACUUCCUUGUCCAAUGGAGUUCGGGUUUUACCUCCCCCUAAUGGCGGGGAUUCUGCGUGGUUUGGAGCGCAGCUCGUCAGCAAUUUGAGCACAUUUAACACAUCUUGGUGCAUGACUAGAAAGCAAUUCCGGCAACGGUCCAAGCGGAAGGUGUUGUGGUGAACUACCUUCACAAUUUCUUCAAAGUCGGACGAUGUUUCCAUGAAUAAGAUAUCUUGUGUAUGAAAAUGAUCAUGGUAAGACCACAAAAUAUAUUAAAGCAGUAUGUAGAAACACUUCCUAAUCCCUAUUGUCAUUCAGUUUGUCCAUUUGUUGAGAUA